GGGCGUGGCGGUCGCACCUGCGCGAGUUGAGCGAAGGAGGAGGAGCGAGGUGACGCAGGCGUAAUAAUAGAGAAGGUGCCAGAAAGAUCCAAAACAAGUGGCUGCGGCCGUCGCCCGAGAGUCUUCGGACGCCGGAAUCCGGCCCUGGUUCUGAGCUUGGUCCGCACCCCUCCCCUGGGAAUGGCGUUGUCUGGGCCGACCCCGGCCCCGAGCUGGGAGGAGGAUGAGUGUUUGGACUACUACGGCAUGCUGUCGCUUCACCGUAUGUUCGAGGUGGUGGGCGGGCAGCUGAGCGAGUGCGAACUGGAGCUCCUGGCUUUCCUGCUGGACGAGGCCCCCGACGCCCCCGGAGGCCUGGCCCGCGCCCGCAGCGGUCUGGAGCUGCUCCUGGAGUUGGAACGCCGCGGGCAGUGUGACGAGAGCAACCUGCGGCUUCUGAGCCAACUCCUGCGCCUGCUGGCCCGCCACGACCUGCUGCCGCAUCUGGCGCGCAAGAGGCGCCGACCGGUGUCCCCCGAGCGCUACAGCUAUGGUAAUUCCAGCUCUUCUUCCAAAAGGACAGAGGGCAGUUGUCAGCGUCAUCAGCAGUUGAGCAGCUCUUCAGAAUCUCAGCAGAGUAAGUGGGACACAGGCUCCCCUCCAACCAAGCGGCAGCGUCAGAGUCAGAGUCAGGGCUGCCCUAGCAAUGGUGCCAGACGGCGACAGAGAGGGGACCCAGCAGCCUCAUCACAGCAGCAGCAGCAGCAGGAGCAGGAGCCAUGCAGGCCUUCAUCAGAAGGCAAAGUGACCUGUGACAUUCGGCUCAGGGUUCGAGCAGAGUACUGUGAGCAUGGACCAGCCUUGGAGCAGGGCGUAGCAUCCCGGAGACCCCAGGCACUGGCCCGGCAGCUAGACGUGUUUGGACAAGCCACUGCCGUGCUGCGAUCAAGGGACCUGGGCUCUGUGGUGUGCGACAUCAAAUUCUCAGAGCUCUCCUACCUGGAUGCCUUCUGGGGUGACUACCUGAGUGGCGCCCUGCUGCAGGCCCUGCGGGGUGUGUUCCUGACGGAGGCCCUUCGGGAGGCUGUGGGCCGGGAGGCUGUCCGCCUGCUGGUCAGUGUGGACGAGGCUGACUAUGAGGCUGGUCGGCGCCGCCUGUUGCUGAUGGAAGAAGAAGGGGGGCGGCGUGGAACCGAGGCCUCCUGAUCUUGGAUCUGGCAGACUGACCCUGCUUCUGAGUCUCUAGACCACCUUCUUCCCUGGAAGACAUCGUCUUUGCCCCUAGAGGACUGUCACUUCAGCAGCUCUAUGGACUGCAGCAGGACGGCGGCCUCUUGACAAGCAGCUCCUACAGGAUGUGGGCUUUGAGGCCUCAACCACUUGCAGCUCAGUUUCCUUCCCAAACUCCCCCACUCCCAGAUGGGUUUCCUCAGCCUUGGGGGCCCAGGCUUGCAGACCCCCAAGGGGGGAUGUAUAGCUACACUCACCAAAGCCGGGUGCACAUCAUGUCUUUCAUCCUGGGCUGACACUGGCUGGCCCCACACACUUUAGCCUAAGGGCUUCUCUCUCAGGAUCUCCGAUUUUACUGUCCCUAUCUGGGCUUCAGCCACAACAGUGUGCUCUGGUACCGUGGGGCUUGCUCACCUUACCACACAUCCAACUGACCAGGGUCCUGCCUGGCAUCCACACAGACGUCCAGCUCUCACCACCUUCCCCUGCUCUCUAGAACUAGGUACAGACUUGCCCUUGGAGCCUCAACCUAGCGUGUCACACGUGGGUUUUUUGGCAACAUCAGUUCAAGGUCUGCUGUCAUCCAUGGGUCUAGGACCAGAACUAGACAUCAUCUUGUGAUCAGAAGGCAAAGACUUGGGGCUGAUGGGAAAACGUUUUACAAAUGGCACCAAUAAAUCUGCCCUGGAAAGGGGCAUAGGUGGGCAUCCAG